AGAUGAAGCAUAGCCUGUUUCUUCAGCCUGGUAGUGCACCCUCGAAUGCUGUCAUGAAGUGCUAGUUUGCAGUAAUAAUAUGAUGUCAAUGAGCACAGUAAAUCCUUACAUAUUUUUUACUUUUUCAGAGCUGUCUGAGGCCAAUAGCAUUUUACCUGAUAAAAAGAAAGUUAUAGAUGGAACUUGUAACUGGACAGUUUCUAAUCAGGGUGGACAGGUAACCAUCACUGCUGGCCUCCUCUGCUCAUCAGUCAUCAAUAGUGGAUCAGAUGGAACUGGAAAAGAAUUAUCUGUGGUUUGGAGCAAAACUAAUCAGAUCUUGUAUUUUGAAUAUGGAGAUGACCUGAGUCAGGAUUCCUGCAAUAUGUUAAACAAUACGUGCUGUACAGAUUACAUCACAGAAAACAUACCAGUCAAACAGGAGAUGACAGUACUUGAUAUGAAGAAUAUAUAUUUUUCCACCUAUGGGUAUCUGUCAAUUAACCUAACUGCAACUGUGCAGAUAUGUGAAGCUGCUGGUGUUGGAGGAGACAGCUGUAACAUUACAGUAACAGUAAGCUGCUUGGAAAGCUUAGAUGAUGACUAUGAAACAAAUUCAGGUUUUCAGACAUAUCUCGAAGCUCUCAACUACUACAUAACCUCAUGUCCAUGUUAUGUACAGCAGACUGGAGCAAGCAGGAUGAUCCAGAACAUAGAAGACAUGAUAUUUGAAGGACAAAUCAGCAGUCAUGAUGUCACUUUUGUAACAUCAAAUCUAAUCGCUUCCACAAUAGAAAUUACAGUGGAUAACUUCACUGGGCUUUCCUUUGAAACAGACUUAAAAAAUGCUUUCUUAAAUACCAAUGGAAUUAAUAAUUUAACAGCAAGUGUCAUACUCCCACCAGACCUCUUCAAAAAUAUCAUUAACAGAAAUCAUUUGAAGAUAUUAUUUUUAAUAAUGAUGAAUAUAACUUUGUUUCAGAAUGACACCAAUUUAUUGCACAAUCUGGUAAUUGAUAUUGUGGUGCAGAACACAAGCAUUUCAAAUCUUAGCAAUCCUGUGGUCCUAAAUUUCUUCAUCUCACAAUCCAUGAGAAUUCUGAAAAACAAACCAUUGUGUGUUUUUUGGAUGCCAGAGUCAAACGGCACAGGCAGUUGGAGUACAUUUGGCUGUACGACCAAAUUGGAGGACACUGUGGUUAUCUGUAACUGUUACCAUCUCAGUUAUUUUGCCGUCUUGAUGGAACCUUGCAAUGAAGAAGACAACAUGGAUGCCCUCAGUUACAUUUCAUACAUCGGUUGUGGUGUGUCAGUUUUUUUCUUGACUAUUGUCCUUUUACAUCAGCCCACUUCCUCAAUUGUGUCCAAGGAGAAAAUUACUGACCAGUCCUGGUUCAUCCACUUCAACUUAGCAGGAGCUCUUCUUCUUCUCAACAUAGGUUUUCUCUGCAGUGCAACUAUACCUGCUAUUCAAGGUAUCCACUGGCUUUGUAUCACCACAGGGCUGCUCCUCCACUUUUUCCUUAUCUGUUCCUUCACCUGGAUGGCACUUGAGGCCUUUCAGAUAUGGUUGCUGAUGUGGAGACAAAGCCAACCUAUUCUGAAAGGCUCUUACUGGAAAUUCUGCCUUGUCGGCUGGGGUGUCCCUGGUCUACUUGUGCUCACAGUUAUAGCAGUUAAACAUGAUAGUUAUGGCAUCCAUGAGUAUAUGUGCUGGAUCACCAUUGAUAUGAUCAUCUACACAACUGUGAUUGGAUACUAUGCGCUUGUGUUCAUCUUUAUUUGUGGAGUGCUGGCUGCUGUGUUCUACAAGUUAAACCAAACAACGUGUGAAACCAAAAAGGCUGAGAAAAAGAAGAGAAAUAUUUGUGAAUACAUCAGUACAUUUCUGGGACUUGCCUGCCUAUGCGGAUUCACAUGGGGACUGGGAUUCUUCCUUGCUGGAUCCAGUAAUUUAGCAGUUGAAUAUUUAUUUACCAUUUUAAAUUCAUUGCAAGGAUUUUUCCUGUUUUUAUGGAUUUGUACUCAGAAGAAUAAGGGAAGAAAAUUUUUCUUUGAAAUCAGAGAAGAGACAAAUGCUUCUUGUGAAGUUAAAAAUGCACACAAGAACAAAAGAAAAUCAAACACGUACACUUAGAAGAAGUGGAAGGACAAAAUAAAUCCUGGUGACAUGAAUGUGAGAAAGGAGGAAACUAUAAAUCCAAAUGAAUGAAACAGAAAUUACCACAGA